UCCAGUUCCAGCUCCAGCUCCAGCUCCAGCUCCAGUCAGGGUUUAUGUGGAAGGAAGCAAACUUUACUCUGACCCUGCCGGACUGCGACCGAAGACGGACACACACAUAACGACACCAGUAGAAGAAUGGCUACGCAGAACAUAACAUCUCCUACGUUUAAUAAUUCAGAGUGUCCGUCAAUUGAUGACUUCCGUAACCAAAUCUAUUCUACAGUAUACUCUGUGAUCACCGUCUUUGGGCUGAUGGGCAAUGGCUUUGCUCUCUACGUGCUCCUCCGCACCUACCGCCAGACCUCCUCCUUCCACAUCUACAUGCUGAACCUGGCCGUGUCAGACCUGCUGUGUGUCAGCACUCUUCCCCUACGCGUGCUCUACUACAUCAACAAAGGCCAGUGGAACCUGGGGGACUUUCUCUGCCGGCUGAGUUCCUAUGCCCUGUACGUGAACCUCUACUGCAGUGUCUUCUUCAUGAUGGCUAUGAGUUUUACCCGCUUCCUAGCAAUCGUGUUCCCGGUGCAGAACCUGAGGCUAGCCACUGAGAAGAAGGCAUGGAUAGUUUGUGUGGGCAUUUGGAUCUUCAUUUGCACCACCAGUUCACCCUUCCUCCUCUCUGGUCAGCAUACUGAUCCAAAGACAAACAAAACCAAGUGUUUCGAACCACCAGAAACGUCAGGCAGUCUAGAUAAACUAGUCAUGCUGAAUUACUUUUCCCUGGUGGUGGGUUUUAUUAUACCUUUCCUGGUUAUCUUGCUGUGUUAUGCAGGCAUCUUGCGCACUCUACUUAGAAACAACAACAGUGUGAACAAGCAGCGUUACACGCGGAACAAGGCCAUUCGGAUGAUCGUUGUGGUGAUGCUGGCUUUCUUGGUCAGUUUUAUGCCCUAUCAUAUACAACGCACGCUGCAUCUCCACUUUAAAACCCGCAAAGACACUACCUGCGAUGAGGUUAUCUAUAUGCAGAAGUCUGUGGUCAUCACCCUCUGCCUGGCUGCUGCCAACUCCUGCUUUGACCCAAUGCUCUACUUCUUCUCCGGAGAGAACUUUCGCCACCGCCUCUCCACCUUCCGCAGGGCUUCUGGAAACAUGUCUUUAACUCACCGAGGCCGGCAUGUUGUCCGAAGCUCCCCGCCUGUGGAGGAGAGUGAACUGCAAUCCUGUAAGGGUUCAGACAAACUUGGGUAGAGGGAAGGAAAAUGAAGAAG